AUGAAAAGGUGCAUAUGCAGGGCUUCAGGGCCAGCGAGGCGACUUUACUUCACGUCACGACCGACGCCAUCUUCAGAGACAACACCUCCUCUUCCAGCAAACCCAAACAAGCGUGAACUGAAAGACCUCACACCCUCCGACCUUUGCUAUUACUGGGAUACCAAACCCCCCAAUACCGCCCAACUAGCCUUCGCAGACAAAAUAUUUGUUCCCUCCCGACAUUCGCCGAUCAAACUAUGGGCCGCUAGCAAGUUCCGUACCACGCCGCUUUCCUCCGUCGAACCCGAAGUCGCAUUUCUCGGUCGUUCGAAUGUCGGGAAGAGCUCCUUGCUAAAUGCGAUUAUGGGCCAAGAGGUUUGCUGGACAUCAUCCAAGCCCGGUCGAACACGAGAAAUGAAUGCUUUCGGAAUUGGAGGAACGAAAGGCGGCGAGUCCAAGGUCGUUUUGCUAGAUAUGCCGGGAUACGGAAAAGCGAGUCGGACUGAAUGGGGAAUGGAAAUUAUGAAAUACCUUCAAGGGCGCAAGCAACUUCGUCGCGCUUUCAUCCUUAUCGAUAGCGAACACGGCAUCAAGCAAAACGACGCUGACAUUCUCUCUCUUUUCCGUCGCUACGCAAUUCCCCAUCAAAUUAUUCUGUCUAAAAUAGACAAGGUUCUCACAAAAAAGAAAAGGCAAUCUAAGACUGGCGUAUCAGCAGUCAACAUCCAGCGCCUGCAGGACAUGCUCCGAGAUCUCAAACCGGUCAUUCAGCCAGACCCGGGAGUUUCAGAAGGACCGGGGGCACUUGGAGAGAUUUUGACGUGCAGCGCAGAAGUACCUAUCUCCCCCGGCCGGGUGCUAGGCGUGGAUGCCAUACGCUGGGCUAUCUUGUCCGCGGCUGGCAUCGAUGGAAGUCUAGAAGGUGGGCGACAGGCCCAAAUUUAA